AUGGAGGAAGCUCUUGAAUUCAUUUCAAAGCUAAGAUAUUUCAAUGUAGAUCACAUCUUGUUGUUUCUCCACGUGAAUUUUUUAACUGACAUGAUUUGCGGGUUUGCAGAAUUAAGAAAAAGGAAACAAAGACAUAUAGAAAUUGGAAGUGGAAUAGUAGAGGAAGCUAUGGACAUACCGGUCCAGCACAAGAAGCUUGCACUUGAUAUUAAGGGAAAUAAAACAGAUAUAGUCAUCUGUGCCUAUGAUGACCAUUUUCUGGUUAUAGCUACUCAAAUAGGAAGUAUGGGUACAAUUCUGCAUGCCAGGAAGGAGGAAGGGGUGUUGAUCCAUCCAACCUUUAGUGUUUCUGUAUUACUGGGUAAACGCGAUGAGCCCAUGCUAGUUGCAUGCGCUCGGCAGAUUAUUGAACACAUAAGUAGCACAGGUUCUUCUAGGUCUUUGGUCUUGUCUCUUGGUCUACGAGACCACUCUCUGCCCACAUUGAAAGGCAUUGUUUCGGCUGUGACUGAGAACUGCCUUUGGUGACCUUGACUCUGUCAAUUUUGGAUUCCUCAUAUUUUACGGACCUGUUGUAGCCACAAGAGAGAAACUUAAUUAUUAUCUCAGGCUGUGAAGUGCUUAUGCUUAUUCAUCAUUGAUGUAUUAUUGUUCUACUACAGCAAGACUCUAAAAGUUGAGAGAAAUUAUUGACUUGCAUUGGUUGAUAGAAAAUUUGUAACAAGUGUGUUUAUAUAGGCAUCCUCAUUGAAAGAGAAAUAGCUUUUCAUUUCUUGUUCACCUGAGAACCUAUGUAAUCAUCGUAAUAUUUUGGCACCCAAGGAACUUGCCCUCUUUCCCUUGUGUCCACUUAGUGUCUUCGAUUUUGCUGAAAGGACUUCGUUGAAAAAUUGAAAUCUAUUGUUUACAUUACAUUUCGA